GUAGGUACCUGAUGUAGUUCUCAUGCACCACCCCUCGCCCCUGGUGAUGUGCGUAUCGCUUAUAGUAGUAAGCUAUGGUCUGAAAGAGAUGCUCAUGCGUAGGUAUAGGCGAUGCUAGACGUGAGGAACUGCCACUCGUAUGCACAGGACCGGGACGUGACAAGUUGCGCGUAACUAUACCUAGGUAUUUUUAUGAAGGGGUUCCGGGCAUUUCCCUUCCUCCUGAAGUCAGGAUUGCUUGCCGUUGCUGUCGCUGGCCGGUCACCUGACAUUGUAGAAAUCUCCAAGGUUGUACGAAGUACCUACGGCAAAACGGUGAUGCAAUUCUACUGUCGCUCCGCCGCUCGCGGCAUCUCCGCAUUCACUCCCUCUUGUUCUGGCCCAAGGUUGCCUAUCUACCGACUACCCAGGCCUCAGGUAAGGUAGCUCAGCAUAUAUCGUGCCGCAACUUGUUGCUCGAUACGCAGCAUCGCCAGUCGGUCGUAUCCUCCUCCUGUUUCAAGGCUGCUCGUUCAGGACCGCGGUCCCUCGCCAUAGAUAUGAAACCGGCGCCGAUGCCAAAGCUGCUGUACGGGACGGCCUGGAAGAAGGAUGCCACCGCUGAUUUGGUCUUCUUGGCCCUGAAGACCGGGUUCCGGGGUAUCGACACCGCGGCUCAACCUCGCCACUACCAAGAACAUCUGGUGGCCGAAGGUGUCAAGCGGGCAAUAUUCUCGGGCAUACUGACGCGGGCCGAUUUAUUUAUCCAAACCAAGUUCACGUCGAUCGGCGGCCAAGAUCCCGAUAACCUACCGUAUGACCCCCAGGCACCACUGGAGGAGCAGGUCCACGCCUCCGUGGCCUCGUCACUCCGGAAUUUCGCCGGUGCCGACUCGGACGGGUCCUACGUCGAUAGCCUGGUCCUGCACUCCCCCUUGCGCACUCUACCUGACACCGUCAAGGUCUGGAAGACGCUUGAGACAUACGUACCGCGCCGGAUCAGGCAGUUGGGGAUAUCCAACACGACUCUCGAGGUUGUCGACUACCUGUAUACCAGUCCCGACAUCACCGUUCGACCGGCCUGCGUGCAGAAUCGUUUCUACCCUGCGACGCGCUGGGAGGUUGGCCUGCGGAAGUAUUGUCGAGAGAGGGACAUCAAAUUCCAGACGUUCUGGACGUUGUCGGGGAACCCCCAGCUGCUAAGGAGUGCGCCCGUACGGAAACUGGCCAAUAGCGCGAACGUCGAGCCCCCAGUCGCCUUGUACGCGCUGGUACUGGGCCUGGGGGGCACGGCGGUUCUAGACGGGACCACCAGUGAGACACACAUGAGGGAUGACUUGCGGGGUAUUGAGAUUGUGAAGGACCACGCAGAGAGCGAAGAGGGCCGGCCGAUCUGGUCAGAGUGUCUGGGAGGGUUCCGGCAGCUGAUUGGAGAGGAGUAGUAGUAAGGCUGGUGGUGGUGGUUGUGCGAUAUUAUGUACAUACGGACCGUAGGAGGGGGAGGUUCAGGAGUGGAUGGCGAGUUGGAACCCGACGAUCUGGCAGCAGGGAGCAAAAGCAGUAGUGGAUCCCCAGCCCGCUCUAGAUGGGCGGGCUCCAGAAACUGAUCACGUAGCAUUGAUGGCAUCAGCAGCUGAUGUCUUGGGAGGAUCUACCGGCAACCCAAUAGAACGCACACCUGGAUUCCCGCUCGGUACGGUAUGCUUAGCUUGGGAUGAACUCCUCACCCCUGACCGAGGCCAUGCCCACGAGCUCACGUAUGGAGGUUAGUGAUGACGACACCGCAAUGAGGUUAGGUAGAAAACGGGCGUAUAGAAUGGGAGAUCGGGCAUUCACUGCUACUCUCCAUGCAGUACUGGAAAGUCCAAUACGUGUGUACAUCCAUACCUAUCGUAGGCAGACAUCCACCCGUCUCUCUGCAGGUCUCGGGAUCGUUCGAGUUCGGCAUUUCGGGGGAAGCGGUGCGACGAGAAAGUCAGCCCAUUUUCUAAUCGUGCCGCUCGGGGAAAGGGGAGAGGAGGCCAAAGAAAGGAAAAAGAAAAAAGAGGAGAUUUUUGCGCGGCACAGCGGCUAUGCUUCCAGAAAGCCGGGAAAAUUGUAC